AUGCUGCGAUCGCUCUUCUCCAUGUGCGUCCCUGCGCAAGACCUGCCCAUGAGCAAGGUGGACCCGCGAGGCCGCGACUCGGCGCGCGUGACGACGCUGCCAUCGCGCUACUGCGUGCGUGCCAUCACCGACGUGGCGAUCACGAGCUCGUCCACCGAGACGCAGGGCUCCGACGUCCAUGUCGUCUACCGCAUUGUCGUGUCCCGCCAAGGCGAGCGCUGGACGGUGCUUCGGCGGUACCGCCAAUUCCUCGAGCUGCACAACAAGCUCGUGCAGCUUCACGCGUGUACGCUGCAGUUCCCGGAGCGCGUCUACUUUCAAAACCGAGAUCGCGCGGUCGUCGAGCAGCGCGAGGCGGCGCUCAACGUGUACCUCAAAGCGCUCUUGGCCAACGAAACAAUCAAAGACACGCCAGAGUUUCGCACGUUUGUCGGCGCCGAUGCCGAUGGCAGCGGCAGCAAGUACACGCAGUUCAGCUACGCAUACCGCAGCGGCCGCAAGCUCCUUAGCAGCGCGAGCUCGUAA